CCAGAAUCCUAAUGCCCGGAGCUGUUGGUCGCCCAAAGCGCAAUGGAGCUCUCCGGAUUGGUCGACGUACCCCAGGUCUCCGUUCAAGGUCCGCCUCCUGCCUGCUUCCACUUCGGAAGAUAGACCAUGGCCCUGAGAGCAUGUGGCUUGAUCAUCUUCCGAAGAUGUCUCAUUCCCAAGAUGGACAACACUGCAAUUGAGUUUCUACUGCUGCAGGCAUCAGAUGGCAUUCAUCACUGGACUCCUCCCAAAGGCCAUGUGGAACCAGGAGAAAGUGACUUGGAAACAGCCCUUCGGGAGGCUCAGGAGGAAGCAGGCAUAGAAGCAGACCAGCUGACCAUCAUUGAGGGAUUCAGAAGGGAGCUCAAUUAUGUGGCCAGGGAGAAGCCUAAAACCGUCAUCUACUGGCUGGCGGAGGUAAAGGACUACGACGUGGAGGUCUGUCUCUCCCACGAGCACCAGGCCUAUCGCUGGCUGGGGCUGCAUGAGGCCUGCCAGUUGGCUCAGUUCAAGGAGAUGCAGGCGGUGCUCCAGGAAGGACACCAGUUUCUCUGCUCCACAGUGGUCUGAACUGACCAGAUCAGGGUCUUUUGCCUCCGUAGGAUCCUUGAGGGCUUCUGAGGUGAACUACCUUUGCUUCCAGGGAAGCCUGUGCUGGUCUUUGGCUCAUUAUAGCAGAUUGCAGACAGGCUGGUAAAAUCAGCUGAGGACCCUCAGAGAAGAGCAAGCAAAAAUCUCAGCUGGGUGGAAAGGAAGGGAAAGGAGUUUAAAAAAAAAAAAAAAAGGCCAAGCCCAGUGAGUGCAUCCUUAUACUUUAUGAAUAAACCUCAAGCAGCUUAUCUCUCCUUCUAA